GUCAUUAUAAACCUUUGUUUUUAUUGUACGCUGUACGAAUGCGCUUGUGUUAAUUUAAUAAACAAGCCCUCGCGCAACAAACCUAUUAUAGACAAAAAAAUUGGACACAAACACCAGAAAUAGCCAAAUCCUGAGGGACCCAUCACCGAAUGAAGAAAUCAAUCAAUCAUAUUAUUCAGGAGUCUUGAAAAUCACACAUACUCUUAAGAUAAAUCAUUUGAAAUAUAACACAAAUUGAGUGUAAGAUUCUUGAGAAAUAUAUAAAUGGUCUAUACUGAAGGAAAGGGAUUAUUUAUGAAGACAAUUUUGUAAUCCACUGCACAAAAUGAAUAUUCCUUUCCCAGUUUUAACACCACGUCUAAUAGAUUCAAAGUGGUUUAAUGCUGAUAGCCCUUGUGAUGAGGAAGCAGAAUUAACAGCAUUGGAACAAGCUAAUCAACAUUGGCUAAGCUCAAUUGGUCAACAAUAUAUGAAGAGGGCCCCUCUAGGGAAAACUGACCCUGAGCCAAUGGAAGAAGAGGCAGACACAGAUGAAGAAGAAGGCAAUGAUGAAUCGGAUGAAUCGGAAGAAUCUCACGAUGAAGACGAAGAAGAAGAACUUCGCACAUCGUAUUCACCUGCCAGAAAUAACAAUGAAUUAGAACCUGACAGCUUAGAUGACUUGAAUGAUGCUCCUGAACUAAACACUUCUGAUCAAAGUGCAUUAUAUUAAUGUAUAAAAUUAGGCAUUUAAUUUAAUAAAAAACACUAAAAGGUUAAGCUGUGUAUAAAUGAACUUAAAUCCUCAGCCUAUAUGUAGAUAUGUAAACUUUGUUAUGACAGGAAAAUAUUAGAUAUAAUGCAAGACCGGUACAAGGCAAGAAUGGGGAACAGAUAAAGAAUAGUUGAGAGAAAAAGAGAGGAAGGAAGUAGCGAAGCAGUCAAGUUAACUAAACAUCCCGGUAAUUGGAUCUAACGUGCCGAAAGCUUUUAAUCCUUUCGGCACGUUAGGUCCCAUUACCGGGAUGUCCUGUCGGUUCAUUAGGUCUGUUUCCCUAAACGUCCACUUCCCUGCAGGUUAGUUAUAUAGGGUGCCUAAACGCCCUUAAAAGUGC